AUGAUCAUUUCUAAAAAGAAGAUUCAGAAAUGGAGUCCCACUGAGAGAAAUGAGGCGUUUCUUGAAGAUUUGGGUCAGAAUGGAUCAAGACAUACACAUGGCGAACAUGAGGAGACGUUUGAAAAUCCAAAUGCAGACUGUUCGGAAUCAGACAUUCACUAUGAAUCGGAUGAAGAAGAUGAGGACGAUACCAAUGAACUUAAUACGGAAAUAGAGGUCAAUAACCUGACCCACACCGUACCUAUUCUUCACAGAGUCGUACCCAUACCUCAAGAUUCGAAAGUGUCCAUCCUAUUUUAUUUUUUUAUCACUGUCUCUUUGGUCUCAAUACAAUGUUUAAAUGAUGAAGACGAUGGACAAUAUCAUCCAGAUGACGAAGGAAGGUAUAUACAUGAUGAUUCUGGUAGAUAUAUUCCAGACUACAGCGGUUUAUAUCACGACGACGGUACCGGAAGAUACGCCCAUAUUGAUAAUAAAUACAGACAUCAACGAGAUAGACAAUAUCCUUACAAAUCCGCAAAUUCACUCAAAUCGUUCAAUAAUUUUCAAAGUAGAGGAAAUAUCGCUUCAGACAGUUUUAUCAAAAACAAAUUAGUCCAACCAACGAUCAGUGUGGUAACUGAAACACCUGCCAAAUACGGAAAAUAUGAUGAUAACAGAUGGAAAAUUAUCAGAUUGGCUAGCGAUGUUAACUCCGAUGGUUUUCAUUGGGAAUAUGAAACCGAAAACGAAAUAAGUGGCGAGGAAAAUGCCAAGAUACAUAAUAGCGGUACCAAGGACGAGACCAUAAGCACCAAAGGUUUCUACCAAUACACUGGUACAGACAAUAAAGUAUACAAUGUAGAAUACACAGCAGACGAAAAUGGUUUUAUCCCGAGAGGAAGUCAUCUACAUCCAAUUUUACAAAAAGCUAUAUUAGAAAAUUUAAAUAGGAAAGAUAUUUAGUCCCCUAACAUUUACAAA